UACUGUGCCUUUAAAAUGAUGACGCGCUCAAGUCGCUGUUCAGAGAAACCGGAAGUUUGGUUACCAGCGUUGUCCAGAGUUUUUGAAGAUACACAGUGUUGGUGGAAAGACAGGAAGAUGUGCGCGCAUAACACUUCAGGAUGGGGUUUGCUUUCAUUUAAAGAUGGUCUUGUCCGUCUGCCGAUGUGAUCAGAAAUUUGGGGUUGCCGGUGCUGAGGUUCUGGAUUUUGUAUGGCUUUUUACCUUUAGGCCGGACUGACUUAGCUUGCCAAUUUCCAUAUGUAUAGGUUCAUUAUGAUGUGCCAUAUCUAAUCCAGACUGUAACGUUGUACUCAGGUAUUGGUGCUUUUUAUUGUAAUUUCCAAGGAUCACAGUAAGUUCAUCUUGAGUCCUAAAGGUCAAGUGCUUUUUGUGUCGGACGCACCACCAAUGUUUUUUUUAUUUAACUUACGGCUGCUUUGAGGUGCCCUUCCUUUAAUUUAUUUCUAUAUCUAACUCAGUAAUAGCGCACCACUGGUCAUGUCCAGACAAACAGUAAUAAGUACAGCUGUUCUCACCCUGCUGGGCACCACUUUGGGCGGCCUGGUAAUAUGGAAAGCUGUGAAAAGCUGGAGACAGAAAAUCUCCAACAGCAACCAGAAUGGAGAGCUGGGAAAAGUGAGGAAGAGGGAGCAGCAGCAGGAGCAGGAGGAGUUGGAGGGUGUGGUGGUGAGCGAGCAUUCUCAUUGGCCCUCGCUUCCCCUGGCUGAGCAGCUGCUGAAGGUGGAACCAGCCCUGGUGUCCUGCGCAGACGACUGGGAGGAGGUGUGGCCGGCUGUGCAGAGGGAGCUGGGAGUCUACCCAGUACUGGGCAUCGACUGCGAAUGGGUGUCGGUGAAAGGGAAAGCAGGCCCAGUGGCUCUCCUACAAAUGUCCACAUUUAGUGGUCUCUGUGUUGCCAUUCGUCUGCUGAAAUUCCGAGGGGAUGGGCAGACCGUCCCUCGCAGCCUGCUGGACAUCCUGCAGGAUGACUCCAUUCUGAAAGCUGGAGUUGGCUGUUACGAAGAUGCCUGCAGGCUGAUGCGAGACUAUGGGAUCACAGUAAACUGCACUGUGGAUCUGCGGUACCUGGCCAUGAGGCAGAGACGGACCCUCGUCCAUAAUGGCCUGAGCCUGAAGUCAUUGGCGCAAGACAUCCUGAACCUCUCUCUUGACAAGUCCAUGCAGCUGAGAUGUAGCAACUGGGAAGCUGAGGAACUUUCCCAGGAGCAGGUAACAUAUGCAGGCAGAGAUGCCCAGGUAUCUGUUGCUUUAUUUUUUCACCUGCUGGGACUUGUUUCCAUGACAACUCCAGAAGGCACAGCCCCGGACCGUGUCUGCAAACAGCUGCUGGCCAAGUGUCAGGGGCUGGUGGAUGUGCCAUUCAAAGGGAGAGGAGGAGGAGGAGGAGGAGGAGGAGGAGGAGGGGAGGAGGAGGAGGAGGGGGGCGCAUUGGUCAGUGGAGACAAGAAACUUCGGAACAGGAGGACAGGGUCGGACAGCAAAGCCACUGUGGACGGGCAGGAGGUGGACCCGCGCAAACACAAGCGCAAGCCUCUGGGAGUUGGUUAUUCAGCCAGGAAGUCUCCGCUGUACGAUAACUGCUUUCUGCACGCCCCGGAUGGGCAGCCCCUGUGUACCUGUGACAAGAAGAAGGCCAAGUGGUACCUGGAUAAGGGAAUAGGAGAGUUACAGAGCGAGGAUCCGUUCAUUGUAAAGCUGAAGUUUGAGCCAUCAGGCAGACCAGAGUCCCAGCAGGAUUAUUACCUCACUGCCAAGGAGAACAUCUGUGUGGUGUGUGGAAGGACUGAAUCUUACAUCAGAAAAAACGUUGUCCCUCACGAAUACCGACGGCACUUCCCGAUCCAGAUGAAGGACCACAAUUCCCACGAUGUGCUGCUCCUGUGCACUUCCUGCCACGCAGCCUCCAAUUACCACGACAACCUGCUGAAGCAGCAGCUGUCGGAGGAGCACAACGCCCCCCUGGGGUGCGAGGAGGGAGUGCGGCCGCUUGAGGACCCUGACCGGCGGCAGGUUCGCUCUGGGGCGCGAGCCCUGCUCAAAGCGGACAGCCUGCCAGAGAGCCGCAGGGAGGAGCUGCUGGGGACCCUCCGCACAUUCUACAGCCUGGACGAGGUCACGCCAGCCUUGCUGCAGGAGGCAGCCGGGCUGGAGACCAGGAUCUUCAAUGAGAGCUACAUCCCUCACGGUCUGAAGGUGGUCCAAGCCUACACUAAGGGUGGUCUGCGCAGCCUGAUGGAACUGGAGAAACGCUGGCGGCAGCACUUCCUGACCUCCAUGCAGCCACGCCACAUCCCCCCGCUGUGGUCCGUCGAGCACAACCACAGCAAACUGCUGCGCAAAUACGGGGAGGAUCUCGAGAUCCAGCUCACCUGAGACUCGCAAGCACAGCCACAGACUGGGAGGAGGUUUCAGCCAGAGCGGGCGCAUCCACAUGAACAUUGCUGCUUUUUGCUUCCCUGGCCUAUUUUUUUUUUUUUUUUUAAUGCGUUUAGUCAUUCGACAGUUUAAAAAAAAAAAAAAAAAAAAAAAAAAAAAAGAUUCCACCAAAUUUUUAGAACUCUUAGUAUACUCUUUUAUUUAUUGCUUUACAAUGUCCUAAAACAAACCCAAAAUCUAGAUAGGGUAUAUCAUGUAGUAUAUGCAUAGAUUUGUAGAUGAGUGUUUCAUACUGUACUGCCGUUAGUAUGGCAGCUGUUUGGAUUACAUGUUGUACAUACAGCAAACAUGCGGAAGUAGAUUUAAGAGUGCCAUUGAAUGAAGAGAUGACGUGGAAAUAGCAGGACAGGCGUUGUUGGAUACACUCAUUUUCAGUUGGUGGUCCUUCACUGUGGAAUGGCCCUACGCAUUUUGUUGUGUUUUUGGUGCUGAGUUUGGCACUUUAGGAAAAGGGAAGGGUUGUAGUUGUUGAUGGCUGAAGGCCUCCUGGGUCCAAGGUUUAGCUUAUUGGUAGUAAGACUUGCUGAAUCGUAGGUGCUCGUUUUUGACCCCAUGAAAUCUCGACUGCUCCUUCUGGAAUCUCUGGUUGGUGACUCGAAGGUUGAUAACUGACCAAGUAGUAGCCCAGGCCAUUGCCUUUCAGGCUUCCCCCCAUGACUGUUCACGUACCCUUCCUGCUGCCUUUACUGGGGCAGUUUAUCUGCAAAAACGUUUCCCAGUUUUGCAGUGUGUUAAAAGCAUGUAGAGUUGCUUGUAGCAGCAAAGACCACAAGACUGACUUCCCUUGUGACUCCAGACAGAGAGGAAUGACUGGGCUUUGCCCUCGUUCGAUACGGCUCUGUCUGGCUUGAAUAAGAUCUGAACUGUUUUUUCAACCAUAAUCUGCAAAGAAACCUUUCAUUUCAACUCUUGUAAAAUAAAUCCCCCAAAAACAUUUUAUACAGCUAGAAAUGGCUUACUGUUCUUUGCCUGACAAUUUUUAAAAGUGGUGCCAACUUUCUUUUUAUUUAGUUUAAUUUGAGAGUGAAAUUCUGGACCCAAUUUUAAACUACCAUUAGUGUAGCCUAAACCUGUAAUGGGGAAAAAAAUAAAAUAAAAUUUAAAAAAAAUAAUUGAAGAUUAAGAUGACAAACAUCCCUAAUGUUUGUUUUUUUUAAGAAACCUGCUGCUUUCCUUUCCUUUUAUGUGUUAAAAUGAACAUGAAAGCUGCUUUGUUUCCUUAAUUGUAAAAAACAAAAACAAAAAACAAUGUUCAAUAAAAAUAUUAAAGCUUAACUUUAA